UUGGUUUGUCAGCAGGAUUUAUUAAUACGAUAACUGUUAGCAGUGGGGUGAAGUUUUCUUACCCGGACUCACUGUUGUCUCUGGAGCAGGGAUCCAUUGUCCGGACAGCGCCUGACUCAUUCAGUUGUGUACUUUGAGUUCACACCUAUAGAGUGAAAGUGAUUGAGACCUUCAGUGAAGCUCCUCCUACAACAAUCCACCAAUAAAUGCUGGAGUCAAACACACAGAGAAAUCACUCCAUGUGUGACAACUGAAAUCUUCAUGACAUAAUGUUGGUGCCGGUGAAAGAGGAGCUUGAGAAGAUGACAGAUCCACAACCAUGCAGAAUAAAGGAAGAAGAUACCGAGGAACAAAUAGAUAUGAUUGAAGUGAAAGAGGAGAGUCAAGCUGAAGUGGAUGAGAAACAUCAGAUUGUAAAAAUAAACCAUAAUGUUUCACAGAAAGAAACUCUGAAGACAGAAGACAUAAAGUGUGAAAAUAGUUUCAGUGAAGAUGAACGCCCUGCAGAUCACAAGAGGACUCACAGUGAGGAGAAACCUUUCACAUGUCAACAGUGUGGAAAGAGUUUCAGAAGAAAAGCUCACCUAAAAGAUCACAAGAGGACUCACAGUGAGGAGAAACCUUUCAUAUGUCAACAGUGUGGAAAGGGUUUCAGAAGAAAAGAUAACCUUAAAACACACAUGAGUAAUCACAGUGAGGAGAAACCUUUUACAUGUCAACAGUGUGGAAAGAGUUUCAGAAGAAAAGAUAACCUUAAAACACACAUGAGUAGUCACAGUGAGGAGAAACCUUUCACAUGUCAACAGUGUGGAAAGAGUUUCAGAACAAAAGUUAGCCUUAACUUACAUGUAAGGAUUCACACCGGAGAAAAAACACACGCAUGCCAUCACUGUGAAAAGAGUUUUAUAACUGUCGGUGACCUUAACAAACAUGUGAGGAUUCACACUGGCGAGAAACCACACGUAUGCCAUCACUGUGAAAAGAGUUUUACAACUGUCGGUGACCGUAACAAACACAUGAGGAUUCACACUGGAGAGAAACCAUACGCAUGCCAUCACUGUGAAAAGAGUUUUACAACUGCCGGUGACCUUAAGAAGCAUUUGAGGAUUCACACUGGAGAGAAACCUUACACUUGUCAACUAUGCAGAAAGAGUUUCACCUUUAACUCAGGCCUUUUCCAGCACAUGAAAACUCACAGUGGGGAAAAGCUACACGCAUGCCAUCUCUGUGACAAGAGUUUCCUAGAUAAAGUUAAACUUAAGAUACACAUGAGGUCUCACACUGGAGAGAAACCAUUUACAUGUCAUCUGUGUGGAAAGAGUUUCACAAUAAAAAUUCACCUUAACGCACACAUGAUGAUUCACACUGGAGAGAAACCGCAUCCGUGCCAUCACUGUGAAAAGAGUUUUAUAACUGCAAGUAACCUUAGAAAACAUUUGAGAAUUCACACUGGAGAGAAACCUUACACUUGUCAUCUGUGUGGAAAGAGUUUUGUUACAAAUCCCAACCUUAAAAUACACAUGAGGAUUCACACCGGAGAGAAACCACAUCCGUGCCAUCAGUGUGGAAGGAGUUUUAGAACAGCAGGUAAACUGAAGACUCACAUAAUGUCUCACACUGGAGAAAAACCUUACAUAUGCUCUCAGUGUGGAAAGAGUUUUUCUUCUGAAAGUAACUUUAAGAUUCAUGCAAGAAUUCACACUGGAGAGAGAGCGUUCACUUGCCAUGAGUGUGAAAAAUGUUUCAGAAGUAGGAGUAACCUUAUUACACACAUGAAAAUUCACAAAGGAGAGAAACCUCACGUGUGUUUUCAGUGUGGAAAGUGUUUCAGUAUGGAGUGUCAACUUAAGAAACACAUGAUAACUCACAGCGAAAAGAAACCUCACGCAUGUCCUCAGUGUGAAAAGAGUUUCAUAGAUAAACGUGGACUUGAGACUCACAUGAAAACUCACACUGGAGAGAAACCUUACAUAUGUCUUCAGUGUGAAAAGAGUUUUACAAGUGAAGGCACUCUUAGAUCACACAUGACAGUUCACACAGAAGAAAAAACUUUCACAUGUCAUCACUGUGGAAAGAGUUUUACAGUAAGACGUGCCCUUGAUGAUCAUGUGAGAAUUCACACUGGAGAGAAACCAUACGUGUGUCAACAGUGUGGAAAGAGUUUCAGGACAAAACCGAACCUUAGUGCACAUUUGAUCACUCACACUAAAGAGAAACCGUUCACAUGCCAUGAGUGUAAAAAGAGUUUCAAAACAAAAGCUAAUCUUAAAAAACACGCAAGAUUUCACAAUCAGUAGAAAACAUUCAUGUGUCAACAGUUCUUGUACUUAUUGAAGAGUUUUUUUUUUCAUGUCUUAAUAGAAGGGUUGUGAGCAAUUAUUGUUGAUUGUACAGUCACUGGAACAGAAUAGCAUAAACAUGUGACGACUGUCUUAUUGGUUAAUAAAUGUAAUUGCGGCUUAAUGGUAUAAAAGGGGGUAGGUGUUAAUAAGCUUAAGCUUCUACCUACCCCUUUUGAGCAUCGUUUCUAUUUUUCUUUAUUUCUCUCUUUUUUGUCUUUCUUUUUUUCUUUACUUGUAUUGUAAUGAAAUUUGUUAUUAUGUAUUAGAUGCUCAAAUAAAACUAAAUGAUGAUGAUGAUGAUGGAUAUGGCACAAAGUUUAGAAAUCA